GCAAUUCUUCUCUUAGAGCGAUGUCACAUUAUCAUGAACUUAUUCUUUGGUCUAACUUUUAUUCUAUUAAACUCUGCUCAUUGCUUUUACCCAAAAAGACUCAAUAUUUCUGCUGCAACGGGCGAUUCAGAUUGGUCUUUAGCUGGAGCUACGUGGUAUGGCAGCCCCACCGGCUAUGGAAGCGACGGUGGAGCGUGUGGUUAUAAAAAUGCUGUCGCACAAGCUCCGUUUUCGUCCAUGGUAUCAGCCGGAGGUCCGUCGUUGUAUAAGUCGGGGAAAGGUUGUGGCGCAUGUUAUCAGAUAAAAUGCACUUCGAAACCAGCGUGUUCAACGAACCCGGUUACGGUAGUGAUUACAGAUGAAUGUAAAGGAUGCGUCACAGAAUCGGUUCAUUUCGAUUUGAGCGGUACAGCGUUUGGUGCACUGGCGAGUUCUGGUCAAGAUAGUUGAGUGCAACUAUAUUGGCGAAACGGUGACGUUUCACGUGGAAAAUGGUUCAAACCCCUACUCCUUCGCGGCUUUGAUUGAGUAUGAAGACGGAGACGGGGAGAUCGGCCUAGUUGAACUCAAACAAGUUUUAGAUUCGGACACAUGGCUUCCGAUGAGCCAAUCAUGGGGUGCGGUGUGGAAGCUUGACGUGACGUCACCUUUACGGGCUCCACUGUCUCUCCGGUUGACUAAUCUAGACUCCGGCGAGACCGUUGUGGCUUCUGAUGUUAUUCCGGCCGGUUGGGAGCCCGGUGAAAAGUAUAAAUCGAACGUAAACUUUCAAGUCUAGCUGUACUCACGAGUCACGAGUCGAGUAAUAUCUAGUAGAAGUUAUCUUCGUUCGUUACAUGUUUGCUAACCUUAAAUAAGCAUGCAGCUAUGUUGGUUUUUAAAUAAUUAAUGUAUACGCCCCCUAGGGCGAAAUAAAAAUUUGUGUUAAAUUUCAUAUGGUGUAUUGGUAUAA